GUCUCUCUUCUUUUAACCGUAAGAUGGCGUUGUACAACGCAAUGUACAAAUGUCGAUUAAAUAUUUCGCUUUUCUCUCUCGUUUUCAAAUGACUCGAUCGGAAUAGAGAGAGAGAGAGAGAGAGGAAAGAAAGGCAGGCUGAGAGAGAGACAGAGAGAGAGAUAAUCGGAGUUUUUCCUGAAGUAAAUAUCAACGAGAUAAGAAGUAACACACAUGAAAAUAUCUCUCUCUAUGUGUCUAUUAGAUUUCGUGGAUUGUGGUAGAAGAGACAUAAUUUCUGUUCCAUGAAAGACUGUGCAGAACUCAUUGAUAAAACUUAGGUCAAGUGGCCGCAGUUUUAUUCUCCAUAAAUACUGGAUUAAUUUUUUAUUAUAUAUUGAUUGCUCAGUCUUUUAAUAUCCGAAUCGUCGAUUUUUCGAGGAAAGGUGACUAACAAGCACAAACAUGGGUCAAGCAGUCAGCAGACAAGAGAAAUUUUGGGAAGCAUGUGGUUACGGUCGUAUUUCAGAAGUAAGGAAAUUCUUGGAGGAAGGGUCUGUCGAUGUAAACUGGGUGUCAUAUACGCAUGACUGCUGUCCUAUCCAUGUGGCGUCUCAAGGGAAAAUGGAAAUUGUGAAGAUGUUAUUGGAAGCCGGUAGCAAAGUUAAUGUAAAAGACAAUCGUGGCAAUCUUCCGUUACAUCAUGCUGCCAUGAAAGGUCACACUGCAAUUAUCGAUAUUUUGAUGGAAAAUGGUUCAGAAAUAAACGUCCAAGAUAAGAAUGGUUGGAGUCCUCUUCACUGCGCUGCGUAUUGGUGCCAUCUCGAAGCAGCCGAAGCUUUGAUUGCCCACGGAGCUGAUAUCUCGCUUCUCAAUAAGGAUGAAAGGUCUGCUUUACAUGAGACUUGUCGGAGUCCUGAAGAUGAUGAAAGUAAGCUUGGCAAAAUAGCCAACCUCUUUAUCGCAAAAGGCUCUGAUGUUAAUGCGAAGAGCAGCGAUGAAGGGGAGGUAAGCAAAUUGGCUGAUUUUACUCCUUUGAUGUUUGCUGCUUACCAUGGACACCCAUGUGUUGCUCAAGCCUUGAUUAAUGCCGACUGCGAGAUCCAAGCCUAUGGGACAAAUGGUUGGACUGCUUUACACUGGGCAACUGAUCGAGACCAAAAGGAAGUUGUAUAUUUGUUGUUAGAAGCUGGAUGUGAUCCUACUGUUAAAGGAGAAAGAGGAGAGCUGGCUAGUGAACGUACUAAAGACAAAGAACUGAAAAGUGCUCUUCGGAAUGCAGAAAAAAUGUUUAAAGAACUGAGUAUUUUAGAUGAAGCUGAUAAAGCAUUGAAAAAAAACCAAAAUGCUAACGGAUCUGCUGCAGUUCCGAUUGGAAACUCUCACCAAACAGGUGCAAUGAUCUCACCUACUGAAUCUGAUAAAGUUUUACUCUCUGUGAGUUCCGUUAGCUCCAGAUCUGCUCCGUUGGUCGAGGAAGAACCGACUGGAGUAAGUGAUAAUGAAGACGACGACUACAUAAACUGUUCAAAAAAAGAAGAAAUUUUCAACAACUGUCAAAUUAACGACAUCAAACAUGAUGAUUAUGAAAAAAACAGUGAAAGCAAUGCAACCGACUUAAUGAGCGACAAACUGUCCUUGAAUGAAGGUGAAAUAAGAUAAAAAUAAAAAAUACAAAUGACAAAAAAUAAAAUUAUUUAAAAAAAAAAUAAAGCUGUGCAAUGGAACCUUCUCACAACACUAAGUUAUAAUAUACACAACAAAAGUGUGUAUAUAGAUAUAAAUUUGCCACUUUCUUAACAAUAGUGAGUGGUAAUGUUUUUAAAUUCAAACAUUUUAUCUUUUGAAGCAUGGCAUGGCUUUCUGAGCUGUUAACCACAGAAUUUCUUUUUUUUUUGUAACACAUGAUGUUGACAGUUUGAAAAUUCAUUCCAUCAGUGUUAAUAAAAUGAUUAAUCAUCUAACAUUAAUUUAAGGCAUAUGUCAGUUAUUUUUCUCUUUGGAAAGG